AUGUUGGAGUGGUUGCUGGUGCUGGUGAUGCACCAAGCUGUGGCCAGAGAUUAUUAUUAUAUUUCAGAUACACCACAUAAUAUCAACUAUACAACCAUACGAGUGGAGAACUGUCCUGAUGUAGGCUACUUCUUCCAAAGGGAGUUGACUCCUAAUACAGUAGAUCCUGGGCCUUGCCGCCUCUGCUUCUGCCAGGGUAGUGGAACCGCUGUAUGCUGGGUGAGGGAGAACAGAAGAUGUGACGUGGAGGGCUACCAUCACCAUCAUGUUGGUAGACGGCAAAUCGACGGAGCACGGGUGCGCCGGAGUCCAGUUGGAUUGAGUGAUAUUUUCUUCAAAGAUGCAGCUAGACAAGUGUUCAAUAGAGAUUCGCCUGAAGUGUGUAAGCCGUAUGAGUCGAGUUUCAGCGAGGGAUGCCCUCCAACUGAUUGGUGUACCGGCUGUACGGUGUGUGACUGCGAUGCAAACGGACAUUGGGACUGUCAUAUACUGAGUUUUUGUGAUGACGACAAAAAGAAAAAGAAAGCAGAGAAGACUAGAAAAUCACCAAAGAAAAUAAUAAAACAAUCGCAACCGUCUGUUAAAACGAUUUCUAAACUUCCAAAACAAACUACGAGGCUACCAAACCAAACAUAUAAGAGACCAAAACCUAAACAAAUGAAAGGAGCUGCUGUUGCAGCUAAAUUUAUGAAGAAAGGAAGGACUGUAAAGGAAAAAGGCAUAAGUGCAUCUCCGAGACCAAAGAUUAUUAAAAAAGAUAUCACAGCUAAGAAUGAAAAAGUAAUAACAUACAAAAAACCACAAAAAAACAGUAAUGCUUCAGAUAUAGACGCUAUCGCUCAAGAAGUAGUGAAACGCGUUAUAACAGCAAUGCGUAAACUUAUAAGAAAUCAAGUAAAUGCUUCUUUACCAAAUAUAAUAAAGACGGUACAAAAAAGAUCAAUGGAGCAGUUUCUUAAAGAUCAAUCAAUGAAUAAUAAUAGAAACAAAGGCAAGUAUAAAAUACUGGCAUCGCAUAGGAAGCAGUACAACAAAACGUUGCCCGUAAAGAAAAAUAAACCAUUGAAAUCAGGAAUUCAUCGAAAUAUAGUUGUGUCUAAAGCACAGAGUAAAGACACGUAUAAUAGAGGACAGGAUGAACUACGCAGAUAUAGGCGAGAGUUGAGGCAACCAAUAGAAAAUAAUAUAUAUAAUAUAUAUCAAGGAAAUGAAACUACUACUUCUACCAGAUCUAACACUACAUCUACCAGAUAUAUGGCGACUGUAACAGAAAAUUCAAUACUGAAUUACACAAAAUCCGAUACAUAUUCUACAUAUUCAAUACUCACAGCACCGUUUAGGAAAAUAUUUUAUAAACCCAAAAAUAAAACCAUGAAUGGCGACUUAAAAAUUAAUAAGCAUACAAUUGAAUCUCUGUGUGAAAGUUUUGGUCCUUGUACUGUUACGAAUAGUAAUAGUGUUGUCUUACAAAAGAAACUGAAGAAAUUGAAUGGAGAGACCUUCAGCAUAAUGAAAACGAUAUUUAUAAUAAAAGGCUUACUUAAACUUUUAGAACUGCCAUUGUAUUAUAAAAAAGGUAAUGCUGACAGCUCAGACAAUAAAACUUCGGAUUUAACAAACGAUAUAAAGAAACUAAAUACAGUUUUAAGAAUGCCAGAUGUUAAUAAUGAUUAUGGUAAUAAAUUAAGUGAAACACAAAAAACUCAAACAUAUUACAUUAAAAAUAAUACAAAAGUAUUUAUAGCCUCUGUUAGAAAUUUCAUUUAUAUUUUAAACGAUGUAGUUGGAAUUAUAACCAGUACUAAUGAAAGAAACAACCAAAAACCUUAUGGAAAUUACCAAGGACAUAAAAUGUCAAUUACUGAUAACUUGAACUCCACAAAUGCGGAACCAUUCAGAAAAUUACAAAAUAUACUACUGAAGUAUAACUUUAUGCAAAAUAAAUUCAUACGAAAAAUGUACAAUAUGCUAUCAAAGUUUCAGAGGAAUGUAUUUCAAAAUGACACUAAAAGAAGAAACUUUUAUAAUAAACAGUCUGUAAAAGAAAACGAUAAUUCUAAAGCUAUUGAUAAUUUUUCAAGAAAUAUAAUUGUAAAUUUAAGAAAGCUUAACAAUCUUGCUCGAACACUAAAUACACGAGGAAGGAAAAAACGGGAAAUAUUGAAAGGCGAUGAUGGGAUCGAAUAUUUGUUAAUGCUAAUGGAGUAUUUAAUUAAGCAAAAUUAUCCUAUACGUACAGCACCAGUUAAUGAUGGUAUAGAUUUAAUAUUAGAAGCCAUUAAAAAUGCACCGGAUAUAAAAUCUGUAAAGAAAAAAGUACUCGACACUAAUACAACAUCCAAACCAAUACACAUGCCUAGAGAAGACAGUAUUUCAGAUAAUUCGAACAGGAUAUCGAAAGAAGAUAACUUUCGGUCUACUUUAAACGAUUUUAAUUCUAAAAAUGCAGAACAAUUUCAAGAUGUUGCUAACUUAAAUAUUUAUAAGAAUGGAAAAGAAGUUGAAAAUAAAACAGAUCUUAGUGUUUAUGAAAACACUAUUACACAAGUAUCAUUACGAAAUAAUGACUAUACAGAAGAACCAGUAUCGGAACUUCCAUUUGAAUAUGCCACAAAUGAAAGAAAUAGUAGUGGUGUUACUCAAUUUGAUGGUCAUGAACGAGAUAACGAAAAAAAAUUGGACAUAUUUUCUGCUGAUUUUAAUGACGAAAAUGACAUCGGUGAUGAUUUAACAUCUACUACAUUAAAUUCCAAUUCUGAUGCUGAUAAUUCUAUGUCUAGUACACAAAUUCCUGAUACGACAACUGAGAUUAAGCAAGAUAAGAUAAUAAUGAGACAUUUCAUUGCAGGCACUGCCAAUGAUUCUAUAAAAUCUAAGAUAGCGUGGGCAGAUGAAGAUUAUAGUGAUGAAACUGGUAAUGUAACUGACAUAACCACAGAUCCACUAACUCUAACGAAAAUGCCUAAAAAAGGUAUACAAAAUAUCAGUAGUAUUUCUAGCGAAGUCCAAGAUACAAAGAAAUUGUCUCACUUGAACACUGAGGAAAUAAUAUCAAAAAAGGAGAGAGAUUUCUUAAACUCAUUGGAUUACGGUACGGAGAGGUCGUUACUAGAAGAAUCGGAUUCUAAAGAUAACGUCGAAGAUAGGUUUUCAAGUGACUCAUUUCCAUCAUAUUUUGUUUAGCUGACUUUCAAAGAUUAUACCUAUGUACUUGUAAACUAAGACUGAAUAAAAAUACAGUGAAAUCUGGUUAAGUGGGACCUGGACAAGUGACAAAUCUAAUAGUAUUGAGAGUUGCAAUGAGAUCCCGGUACUUUUUCAUUGAAUUACCUUUGUUAAUGGGACAUUUCAACCUGGUUAAAUGAGAUUUGAAUUCUAAGAUUUUUUCGUUGUUUAUUUAUUUAACUUCAAUGCACACAAUAUACAAAAUAUAGUAAAGUACAUUUGGCGGAGUUAACACCAUGCGGCAUUUUCUACCAGUCAACCAUAGGUGGUGCAGAGAAUAAUUGUUGGCGGUGCAAAUAUAAUAAAUGAUGAACAAAAUGCAAUAAAAUAUAAACAGACCGUUAAAUACAAUAUAUAUAUAAGAAAUACAAUCAUAAAUUACAUAAAUAUAUACUAACUAGCUUUUGCCCGCGGCUUCGCUCGCGUUAAUUCCUUUAGGGGUGGAAUUUAUCAAAAUCCUUUCUUAGAGGAUGCCUACGUCAUAGUAACUUUAUGCAAGUAUAGUCUCAGCCCGAUCGGUUUAAAAUUGACGAAGUUUCAUACAAACUUUCAUCCCCUAUUUUAUCCCCUUGGGGGUAGAAUUAAUCAAAAUCCUUUCUUAGCGGAUGCCUACGUCAUAACAUCUACCUGCAUGCCAAAUUUCCGGAAAAUUUCAUGUCAUUGUCGGUUCGAUGACAGAAUCAUGCUCUCGCUCUUUCACUUGAUUCAUUCAUUUACCAGUUGAAUCCUUCAUACUCGAGUUGGCAGAAAGUUAACUCGAGUUAGUAACUCGAGUUGACACAUCUCUAUUUGAAUAUCUCUCGCAUAUGCUUUGUUUGUCGGUACUAUUUUAGGUUUUUCCUCCUCUAAGAAAAGAAUGACUGUACAUUUCUACCUUUAUAAACUCUCCUCUGUAAAUGAGACAACUUCAAUUUUAAACCUACUUAAUUGGAAAACUGUAUCAACGAAAACCCUUAAUAAUUGGUACAUAAUUCUUAGUCCCUUGAGAUCCCAAUUAGCCAAGUUUCACUGUAUAUAAUUAAUUUAUAUUUAAUACUUUUAAGGUAACUAUUAAAUCGUGAUAUAAUAUUACACUAAUUUAGAAUUCCCAAGCCCAAAUUUAAUAAAACAGGAUUGUAAGUUCAGAAAACCAGGACUAUCCAGUUUAAAAACAGAAUGCAGUAAUAGUGUUGUUAUAGUUAUAUUAAUAUGUAGUAACAUUCAAAUAAUUAAUAUAAUCAGGUUUUUAAUAAAAAGAAUUUAAUAAAAUUAUACUGUUGAAAAUCAGUAAUUAAGAGGCGCACAUAUUUUAAACUCAGGACGCUGACAAAUGACUAUUCAGGACUUCCCAGGACACUUCAAAAACACUAGUUCACUAGGACAGGUCCUGGGAAAACAGGACUGUUGGCAGUUCUACACUAUAUAUCUAUUUGUGCACUCGCCGUUGCUUUAAAAAUUAACUUUGAAGUAACGAGUAAUAAAACACUAUUUCCUUCAAGACAAAAUAUGAUAUGAAUAUGUACACAGACAAAAACAUAGCAAACAAAUAGCUACAAUGUACACUUGAAAAGUAAACUAUAGAGUGUUUUAAGGAUUUAAGAACUUCAUCUAAGGACACAAAAUAAAAAGCAAAUCUAUAAAACACUAGCUGACCCGCGUAACUUCGUCUGCAUCACAUGUACUUGACGUUUAUCUGUAUAUUUCGCCCUAUUUACAUAAUAUCUUUUUAAAUUAUAGCCUAUUAGCUGUGCCCGUGGUUUCGCGUGAAAUUUAUAGCCUGUGUUAUUCUGAUGUAUAAGCUAUAUUACUGUAAAGUUUCAUCAAAAUCCGUUCAGUAGUUUUUGCGUGAAAAUGUAACAAACAUACAUCCAAACUCACAAACCCCCGGCUUUGCACGAGUGUAC